UUUUUUUCGUCUGCACCUGACCUGCCUCUGAUUGCUGCAGUUGCGGUUCUGACCUACACAUCUUCCUUGGUUUCCAUGAAUAUAAGACAAUAAAACAGUAUUAUCGGAAGAUAAGUAGUAAAAUAUAUCUAUCACAUCAUGGCAUUCAUUGGUCUACUUCGUUCGGCUGCUUGCCGAGGCAUUGCAUGCCAAACUCAGUCCCUUCAAACCCUUUCAAGAACCUCUCUCAUCUCGCCUCAAAUUUUAAAGUCAUCGUUCACCAAUCACACUCUGCCUGGGUUUAGCCGCCUUCAGCCUGGUCGGAUUAAUCAGGUUCAAUUUUUCUCACUCAGUCCUAAAAGCUAUAGUGCUGGUGCAGGGCACAACCACUCCAAACUUUGGACUAUUGAGAGAGCCCUCAGUGCAGUAUUGAUUCUUGUUGUACCAGCUGCUCUUGCAGCUCCAAGCAAAGCACUAGAUACAGUUCUGGCUGUUACUUUGGUCAUGCACAGUCACUGGGGUGUCGAGGCCGCUGUUGUGGAUUAUGUACGGCCUAUCAUAUUUGGAAAUGCUUUCCCGAAAGUAGCCUUGGGAGGUGUUUAUGUGCUGUCAAUUGUUACAUUGGCAGGGUUACUUCAAAUUAUUUACACUGACAUAGGUCUGGCAAAUACGGUCAAAAAAAUUUGGAGCCUGUAAUAUUGUGUGUUCAGAUGUAUUAGCACUUAUUUAAUUGUGACUAUUUAUUGCGACUUCUGUGUUAAGCAUUUAAUGCUUUCCUAUUCAAAGACCAUUUAAACUGAUGCGGUAGAGUUUUUUUGGUAUUUUUUUUGUUCUCUAAAACCUAUUGCAGCUAAAAGCUUUUAUCAGGAUAGGUUCAUCUCAUGGUUUUUAUUACUUUUGAACCUUAACGUGAAAAUAUUUGGGUAGGUGUAAUUUGGUUUUAAUGUGAAACAACCAAAAUGGUUGAUUCCUAAACAGUACUUAGCAAUAAUUCUGGAUCUGCUAUUUUGUACCUGCAUGAGAUUGCUCAACUCCUGAUUAAAGCAGUUUGUCUCAAACUUAA